GGAGGAAGAGUUUCUGAUGCUGUGGGAAUGCGAGCUCUCCAAGUCUGUAAACAGCUGGUGACUCACUGCAUAGCUAUGGCACCAACUGCCUGCGCGGCCGCGGCUCCCUGCGUGCGCAGGGAGGGGGCUGCCGGCCGCUUCCUUUACGCACUGGCAGCGCUCCGCUCCCCUCAGCUUGCCGGGACCGUUGGGCCGAGUUGCAAUUUCUGAGCAGUUUUGUCCAGAAGACUGUGCUCAGGUUAUGACGACUAAUCCCAAACCGAACAAGGCGUUAAAGGUAAAGGAGGAGUCGGGAGAGAAUGCCCCCGUGCUGAGCGACGAUGAGCUCGUGUCAAUGUCCGUACGGGAGCUGAACCAGCACCUGAGGGGUCUCACCAAGGAGGAGGUCAUCCGGCUGAAGCAGCGGAGGCGCACGCUGAAGAACCGGGGCUACGCUGCCAGCUGCCGCAUCAAGCGCGUGACUCAGAAAGAGGAGCUCGAGAGGCAGCGGGUUGAGUUGCAGCAAGAGGUGGAGAAGCUGGCCAGAGAAAACAGCAGCAUGAAGCUCGAGCUGGACGCCUUGCGCUCCAAGUACGAAGCACUCCAGACCUUUGCUCGUACUGUGGCGCGAGGGCCUAUUACCCCGGCCAAAGUUGCCACCACCAGUGUCAUCACCAUUGUGAAAUCCGCCGAAAUCUCAUCCAGUUCUGUGCCGUUCUCAGCAGCGUCCUAGUGCCCUCGGGGGGGAACUAGCAGCCUUUCGGAGGGAGGGGAGAAGGCUCUUAUGCAUUGUUCCGGAGUCCUUGGUCACGUCAAGAAUUGGCAUUUUAACAAUUCUCUUCCAAAAGCGCAAAAAAAAAGAAAAGAAAAAAAGGAAAACAAAACAAAAAAAACCCAAACCUAUAAAGGGAACUUAACUGGCUGCUUCUCUCUGGACUCAGUGGCUCCACCAAACCUCGUGUCCAGGAUUUGAGCUCUGUAUGCAGUACAAGUUGCUUCCUCCUUCCCCCUGUCUCCCCCGGACCCCUCCCCGCCGUGGGCAGCUUUCCAGCUGGGAGAAGAUACCCGAGGAGCCUCCGGAGUCUUCGUGAACGAUGCUCAAGAGCCAGGAAACAGAUGGACCGUAGAAAUCGUCACGUGAGAUGAAUGUAUGGAAAAGAGUUUCCUUUAGUGGCAUCCUGCUCCCUGUCAGAAGGGUCUCCCCUACCCUCCCCGCUUCCAUCUGCUGUUGCGAGGGCAGGGAAAUAGGCAUUUCGGUUCGGGCUUCAUCCUGCCAAGAGUGGAUGGGAGUGGGAGGAUGAUGGAGACUAACGCUUGGGUGUGACCUCACACGUUAGGAACAACCUUUUGUUUUCAAUCCAUGCUGUUAAAAUAUGGAAAAAUAUAUAUUUUACAUAUUUUAAUACGCCCCACUACCUGUGUGGCCUAUAAAAAAAUUACAUUGCAGCCUCCUUUAUUCCAAGCCCAAGUUUCCUAAUAGCUCCUUCCCUGAGGUGUGCCUGUGAAUUGGGUAUAUUUACGCAGUGUAUUUCUUCCAAAUGAUCCGCAGUUUUGAAAUAGCGGCUUUUUUUUUAUUUUAUUUUCAUGGAUUCCCCGAAGCUUAGGGGAAGGAGGCACAGUAAAUGCUGUGAAGAGCUGUGUGAUGGGGAGGAGAGGGGGGAGACGAGGAGGAACGAUGCUGGAAGUAUUACCAGGUGGAGGCUGUGGGGCGGUUCUGCUGGGCUCAGCACUAUGAGAAGGGGUUUGUGUGGAGUAUUUGGGAUAUUUUUAAAGCACUGAAGUGUAACCAGAGGGACAUGGGCAGAAGGAGAGACGUUAGAGCCUCCUUUUUGGUGGAAGUUUGGUCAUAGUGAUGGUCCCUGCUGCAGAGCUGGGCUCUCUGAUGGCCAGAGAAGGGCUGCGGGGAGGUCGGACGGGAGCCGUGCAAGGCUUUUCCUCUCUGUCUGGUGUCAGUCAGGAUCCAAAGAGUACAGCCUACAACCCUCAGUGUUCAGACAACCUGUGUGAAUAUGACCCUGAAACUUGACGCUUCCUCUCGGGAAUCUGUGAAUUGCCCCGGGAGACGCACGGAGGGCAGGACGAAGAUGGUCGCGUGUAGGAAGGAAGAGUUGGGACCGAGAAGUCGCGCGUGUGGCUCUGAGCAGUGGUUGGGGAGAGGGAUUUCUGGCUUGGCGGUGGCAGGAAGCCGAGAGGAGGGAUUCUGCUGUCACACAGCAGCGCUGAAAGGACGAGUGUUUCCAGGUCACUGUAAAAAAUAGCUAUGUUGGUAUUUGUGCGUUUCGUUGUCUUUUUUAUUUUCUUUUUGAAGUAGGAAAGAAAAGGGACUGUGAGUUUGGCAGGGCAGAGACUUGUAGAACGGACGAUGCCUGUUGUCACGCAGGUGAGAAGUGAGGUUUCUGAAGGUGAAGCUGAGGGGGAGAGCUAUGGGGAUUUGGGCUCUGGAGUAGAAGCCAGAGAUCACGGAGAGUUGAUCGGUGUUUUGGACUGAAGGAGAAGUAAUGGAGUGCCAUAUAAAGGGGCCAGGAGGCUGGCAUCCACCAUCCAGUAGGACUUGUUGUUUGGGGCUCUGUCUUGUCUUGAGUGGCAGUAAGUUUGCAGAGUUUCAGUGAAGCCCUCUUUGUCUUUGGAAGAAGUCGUUAGCUUGCUUUUCCUCUUUUUUUUCACCUUGUCAUUGGAGUCUCUGCAUUUCCCAAGAGGGUCCUCUGUGAAAUAGGUUAAUGAAAAGAGAAGCCUCAGCCUCGGUUCUCGUUCAGUCCUCAACACCUACCUUCGUGACCUUACUGAGCCAGGAAGGGUGCGAGCGAAACGCUUCCUGCAGGCUUGUCGCCCCCGCCGGAUCCACGUGUCACGGAGGGGAGCAGGGAAUUUCCUACAAGUGGUUUUCCAACCCGUGGAGUUUGGAUGACACUUGGCGUUACCUCAUUUCUCCUCCACUCCCUCCCUAUCUCCUAACAGGCAGAUCGAUGUCCUGUGUAUCAGUACCAGUUAUUGACUCCCACAGCAGAAGCUGAGGAAGAGAAAGAUGUUACUGUCAUUUCCUGGUCCUCUCAUGUUCUCCAGCUCGCAAACGUUGGAAACUUUCCCAGACCUUUACAGGUGCCUCCGAAAACAGGCAAAAUGGAGACUCCUGGCACUGUUGGGGCUUUAAAUGAAAACUUUAAUGAAAAAGGCCAGUUGACUUGAAAAUGCCCAAAUGCUUCCAGUCUUUAAAACAGCUCCAGAGCUCCAUAACAUUCCUGGCUAGAUAGGAACACCCUCUGGCUGCCCUUGACCCCCUGUCAGUGAAAGCAGACCAGUUGCACGGAGGGGGACAGAGGUUGAACUUUGUUCCUCGGGGAGGGUCUUCUUGCUGUUGGAAUGAGUUGAGAAACAUAUCUUUUAUGUGGCACUUCCCUUGCGGCCAAGUAUUUCUUUUUUUCCAGUUCUUGGAAGAGUGCCAAAGGCUUGUCCAAGCGAUUGCUAGUUUAGUGCUGGUAGGCACUUAAAUCUCUGGUCACUCAAUAAAGAACAAGAGGCCUGGGUGUUGUUAAAGCUGUUGAUACCAUAGCCAUGGUAGGUAAUCCAUAUUGGAUAUCCAUAAGGACCACGUGGAAAUAUUUAAAGAGAGAGAAAUAUAUAUAUAAAUAUAUAAUUAUAUACAUUUUAUCGUACAGAUUUUUCGUAAAAAAAAAAAAUAAUUUUUUUUCCAAGUUUGAUACUGUAAAUCUUUAUUAAAAGAAAUUGCCAGUCCAGGGCUCCCUGGGUGGUGACCUGGAGGGGAAUGAAAUGUCCUGGCUAAACUUCCACAGAGGGAUCAGAAUUGCAAGGUAACGUGGAGGGAGGAAUGACCCGAAAGCUGUUGACCACGUUGGAGACCCAGCUCCUCCACCCUCCAUCCCGGAGGGCCCUCCAGCUUGGGGUUGUCACAUUGCAUUCCUCUGGGGUUUGGUUUGUUUCUGUUUGAUAUAUAUAUAUUUUUUUUUCCUCUCCGUCCUGUACUUGCAAGCCUAACACCCAGGGCAAGCGUGGCAUGGGGAGCUGGCUGCCGCUGCAGAGUCCCCAGGGUGCUCCCCCACCGCAGUACCUCCCGCUCAUCUCUUGCUGCAGUAGUUGGGGUGGCGGGGCUCCCUUCUCUGCCCCUCUUCGCUUGCCAGGGAGCGGUGGGCUCUGAGUUUGAGUGCUGGGAUCCUCUCCCCCCAGACCUGGCCUUUCUAGCCCCUCUGCAACAUGGGCACCACAGGAUGCUGGAACAGCCUGCAGCAUCCACACGGGUACCGGGAGAGAGUCCCUGGUCUCGUAGGCGCCUUUGUUGGUCCCUCCAUUGGCAGUGGGGAAAUGUUUUCCCUCCAGGGCACCUCCAGACCCUCGAAGCAAGUCAGCAUCUCAGCUCUAGCCCACCCCUACCGCCUGCUGGAGCCCUGGGUGCCACCACAGCUGUGGGGAGGGAUGGGUGCCAGUGGGCGAGGGCACGAUGCCGUGGGCACGCAGAGUGGUCGGGCUUCCGCACGGCUCAGACCCCGGGGAGGAGGAGAAGGUGGCAUUUUGGUUUUUCUUUUUUUUUUUUUUUUCUCCUCUCUCAAAUCAUUUAAACUUCAUUGUCAUGAUUGUUUUUAUUUAAAAAAAAAAGAAAAAAAAAGAAAAAAGAAAACAAAAACAAAACGAUAAUGAAAAACUUUUGUAACGUGGAUUUGUUUUCCUUCGUCUGUAUUUCAGUCUGCUGGGGUGUUUCCGUAGAUGGUGGAUACUUGCUUUCAUUUUUUUAAUGAUAGAAGUCUUCUGUUUUAAGUUGUUUUUUAUCACCAGCUCAUUCUAUCCUCUGUGGUUACUCAGUAAUUUCAUUUCAAUAUUUAUUUUUGUGCUGCUUUUUUAUUAUAAAAUAAAUUAUUGAUAUACCAAGCAAUGUGGAUUCCUGUUUGUAAGGCGAGUAGCCCUGUGUAUGUGUCCAUUACUUUCUCUUGACAGCCACAACGUAAUUUAUUGCUGUAAAUUUAGCUGCAGUGACUGGUUUUUUUGUACCUUUCCAAUAAAGCAUUUUCUGGUUUCAGA